CCUUGUAAAGAUCUGCAGUUUGAUCGUGGAAGGUGAUCUGUUGGUUUUGUUUCCUGCAGGACUGCGCUCAAAAUGCCCGGCGACGGGUUCACCAUCAGAAGUCGCAUCAGGAAUUUACUGCGGUCACCUUCAAUCAAGAACAAGAAGAAAUGCAAGGAAAACCUCACCAGCAAGGUGACUUUGGAGAAGGUGCUGGGGAUCACCACUUCAGGAAACAGUGGGUUGACCUGCGAUCCCCGAUCUGGACUUCUGGCCUAUCCUGCAGGGUGUGUGGUGGUCUUGCUGAACCCCAAAAAGAACAGACAGCACCAUAUUAUCAAUACUUCUAGGAAAACUAUCACAGCUCUGUCAUUUUCCCCUGAUGGGAAGUACCUGGUGACUGGAGAGAGCGGUCACCUACCAGCAGUGAGACUGUGGGAUGUUGCCGAGCGAAGGCAGGUGGCCGAGCUCCAGAAGCACAAAUAUGGCGUUUCGUGUGUGGCCUUUUCUCCCAACAACAAAUUCAUAGUCAGUGUAGGAAACCAACAUGACAUGAUGGUUAACGUCUGGGCCUGGAAGAAAGAUGUAGUUGUGGCUGCAAACAAGGUGUCCAGCAAGGUGACAGGUGUUUCUUUCUCUGAGGACAGCUCUUACUUUGUGACUGUUGGGAACAGACACGUCAGGUUCUGGUAUCUGGACCACUGUAAGGCCAGCAAGACCAGUACUCCCAUGCCUCUGCUGGGCCGCUCCGGGCUGUUGGGGGAGCUGAGGAACAACUUCUUCUCUGAUGUUUCUUGUGGGCGGGGCUCUCAGUCUGACUCCACCUUCUGCAUAACCUCCUCUGGUCUGCUGUGUGAGUUUAACAGCAAGAGGAUGCUGGACAAGUGGGUGGACCUGCGGACUGGUGUGGCUCAGUCCCUGUCUCUGUCUGAAGAUAUGAUCUUCUGCGGCUGCGCUGAUGGAACAGUGCGAACCUUCAGCCCGGUCGACCUGCACUUUGUCAGCACGCUGCCGCGGCCUCAUCCCCUCGGCUCUGACGUCUCAGCCGUCACCGAGGCCAACCAUCUAUUUAACACCAAAACAGAAGACCGAUGCCCAGACGUCAUUGCAGUCACCUAUGAUCCUGUGAACCGCUGGCUCAGCUGUGUGUACAAUGACCACAGUUUGUAUGUGUGGGAUGUUAGAGAGGUGCACCGGGUCGGGAAGGUGAACUCUGCCCUCUUCCAUGCUGCCUCUGUUUGGGACCUGGAGGUGUUUCCAGAUGUUCCUGGGGGGUUGGCCGCAGGUUUGUCGUUAAGUACAUUCUUUACUUGUUCAGCUGACAGCACCAUCAGAAUAUGGAGGACGGAGGACUCAACACAAUCCCAGAACAUCCUCAGCAAUGAUCUAUUGAAGAUAAUUUACAUAGAUGGAAACACAGGCAACCUGCUGGAUCCAGAAUGUAAUGUGAACACAGAAAAAUCAGGAGAUGUGCAGACUGCAGAAAUCAAAGCAGGCAUCAGGACCAUCUGUGUCAGUCCUGAUGGCAAACACCUGGCAUCUGGAGACCGCAACGGGAUGCUGAGGGUACAUGACCUCAGCAGCAUGGAGCAGAUUCUUAAAGUGGAAGCCCAUGAUGCUGAGAUCCUCUGUCUGGAGUACAGUAAACCAGAAACAGGUCUAAAGCUGCUUGCCACAGCUAGCAGGGACCGUCUGAUCCAUGUCUUGGACGCAGAUGAUAGCUACAGCCUGGUGCAGACGCUCGGCGAGCACUCCUCAUCCAUAACAGCCGUCCGCUUUGCUGCCAAUGACAACAAAGUGAGGAUGAUUAGCUGUGGAGCAGACAAGAGCAUCUACUUCCGCACAGCACACAAGACUGACAGAGGAACAGAGUUCAGGCGUUCUCACCACAUGGUGAGGAAAACCACACUUUACGACAUGAGUGUAGACGCCACCUGCAAGUACGCAGCUGUUGGCUGUCAGGACCGCUGCAUCAGGAUUUUCAACAUCAGCAGUGGCAAACAGAGAAAGCUCUACAAAGGAUCACUGAGUGAAGAUGGCAGUCUCCUCAGGGUUCAGAUCGAUCCAUCGGGUCAAUAUGUGGCCGCCAGCUGCUCCGAUAAAAACAUCAGCAUCUUUGACUUCUACACGGGGGAGUGUGUUGCCACAAUGUUCGGUCACUCAGAAAUUAUCACUGGGAUGAAGUUCACCAACGACUGCAAGCAUUUAAUCUCUGUAUCAGGAGACAGCUGUGUCUUUGUCUGGCGCCUUGCUCCAGAACUUACAAUUGCCAUGAAGGAGAGGCUUUACCAGAUGGAAAAACAUCCAAACUCACCUCGCUGUGGGGAUUCAGGAAUGAGGCAGGAGAUGUACAGUGCUCCUGCUCUGGUUGGUCUGUCCUCUGACAGCGACCAGGAGAAUGAGGUGGAGGACACGGAGGAGAAUGAAGACACUAAUGAUGCAGAUGACAGCAAGAGCAGCGGCUCCUCUAACAGCUGCCAUGGAGAGGAUGACACAGGCUCAGAAGAAGAAGAGGACUGGGAGGAGAGAAAGCAUGGGGCUGUCAGCCACGUCAUUUCUGAUCCCACCAAACAACCACGGAGACGUUGGUCUCGUCGUAUUGGUUCACUGGAACUGAUGGUAAAAUCCAUGCUGGACUUGAGGCAACUGGAGACCUUUGGUCAAAAGAAAACCCCCAACUGCCCCACUCAUGAAAGAGAGAAACAGAGCAGCUCCAGCCUCCAAGACCCUGAGGAGCAGCAGUUGGAGGAGAGAUGUAGAAGGCGCCCAGCUUGGCUGCAAUCAGCCACAUCAAAGUGUGUCAAGGAGAUGGAUGGAUCGGUGCUCUUCCCAGAGGAAGAUAAAGAUGACACAAGUCCAGUGGAUGGUGAUUACAUGGUGACAGUGCAGCCCUGCAGCCCACAGAGACAAAUGAUCCGCACUGAGAGCCAGGACAGCCGCAGCCCAGACAGCGCCUGCUCGCUAGGCUACGACAGCAGGGAGUCCAGCCCAGAUCGCAUCCUGGAUGAUGUGGACUCUCUAAGUUGUGGCAGUCCUGAUAAGGAGAACGAGGAGGAGGAGGCUGAAAGGAAGACUGUGCUAGUAACGAGUAUGGAUGAAGCUCUGAGAACAGUGAACGACACUCAUGAUCACAGUCAGGAGGACUUCCUAAAGCAGAACUUUGAGACCUUGGCAGAAAGCUGCAACUCAGCUGAGCAGAGCAGAGUCCCAAGGCUCAGCAUGUCUUCACGCUUCCUGGCCAAAGGACAUAAUAACAGACCAGUACCUCCAUUUGCCAGAGUGACUGAAUCGGAACAAGAAAACAAAUCUGCUAAGCCUCCCGUGUCGAAGGUUCGGCCCUUGAUGGAUGAGAGCAGAAGGAUGGAAGACAGGAUGCCUGUGUCCCCCAUCAGAACUGAGAGCAGGCCUCUGGAGAGUUCUUCUCCUAAACUUCGGCCACUGAAGAAAAAGACGUCCUGGUCCCCUGAAUGGAGGAAGUUGAACCCUACAUCAACAACUACAUCCAUGCUAGACAUACCAGCUGGUUUCCAGAAGUCCCGUUCUGCACAGAACUUAUCUACCAACUCUUCUCACUCCCCUGUGCCCACUAAUGUCCAAAGGGAGCUGCAAAAGAGACCUCAAGAGCUGCUUUUAAAUAACAGCACCUCCAAGCCUUCCUUUUAUUUCUCUUCCCCAUCCUCUGGGUCACCACACACCCCACCAUCACCCCCACCAUGGGAGAGCCCCAAACUAAAGCCCCAGCACUCCUACAUGAACCCCACAGCAAGCUCCAAGGCCAAACGAAGCCGAUCCACCUCUCCAAGGGACAAUUUCCAGUCUUGCUCACCUCCUCAUUCCCCAUGCUUCCCUGAAGCCAGGUCACCCUUGGAACUGGAGGUGGAGUCUAGCCUUCUCCCCUCAUCCUCUGUCAUCACGUUCACAUCCCCCAUCUCAUCUGACUCCUCCAUUUCAUUGGGUGCUCUCUCAAAAUCGUCCUCUCUGGCUCACCCUCAUCAUACAGCAGCCCGUCUGACCCAGAACACCCAGCCCUCUCGCAUCCCGCUCCCAAAGCAGCCUCUGGGCCCUCGGCGCAGCUUGUGCCUGGAUGUGAAGCCGAUCCCCGGUUGCUCUGCAUCCAGGCUCAGGGCAUCCACCUCUACUAUGGAUGUUCGCUGUGAUAUUUCACGGUCUCCUGAUAAAACACAAGCACGAUGCAGACAGCUCUCUUUAAGUUUGGAUCCUUCUUUUCCAAGUUCACUGCCAGUGAGGCAGAAUAGAGACACCUUUCCUGAGAGUGUUAUGGACGGAGUUCAGGUUGCUAAAGAGCGCCCUCUGGUGUCGGAAGAAGAGCGUACACCGAACCCACAGCCAGCAGAUCACUCAGUCACCUUGGAGACUUGCAGACGAGCCGUUACUGAUCUCCACCAGAGUCUGAGGGAAGCUGUCGUUCUGUAUACUGCGUUACUUAAAAAUGACCAACCACAGACCGAAGACCAACAAGAGAUGAGGAACCUCCUGUCUGAGGCCCUGUCCAAGGUUAAGGCCGAGCUGUACUCGCUGCCUCUCAGUACCUCACAGAGCGAGGGGCCCCCGGCGACCUCGGUGUUAAACAGCGGCGGAGACAAGGCCCUGGCUCUGCUGGAGCAGUACACGGAGCUGCUGCUGAAGUCUGUGGAGAGAAGACUGGACACUAAGACCUGAACAGAUGGGCUCAUGUUCAGUAGCCACAGACGCUGUAAAGAGACUGGACAGCACAGUGAACUGCACCGUUUCUAUUUGCACUAAGUGCAAACAUUUUAUGCACACACUGAAAAUCCUAUUGUUAGGAUAACAUGGAAUAAUGGUUGCUGAAUUUUAAGCACUGAAAUAAUUCUUAGUUUAUGUUUUCUUCUGUAAGGUUGCCUUGCUUUUAAUGUUGCCAUACAUUUUUAAAAAUAUGUUCAAUAAUGUUUAUGUUCCUUUCAUACAGGAUGUUUUUCAGUACUUCCAGAAAUACAAUGAUUUUGUUAAUGACUAAGAGUUAUUGAAUGAAAAAUUAGCAAUGCUCAUGGAUUUCAGUGGAUUUCCCUUGAAAAUAGAGCAAAAAAAAAAAAAAAAGUCUGCAUUGGAAGCUCUGUUGAAUAUUUCUGUGCCAAGAGGAUCUUUAUUAUUGCUGAAAUAGGUGUAUUCUCAGUGCAGCCCUUACUGUUUAAUAUCUACGUUUGUUGAUUCAAAUCCUGUUUAUACUUUUGUGUUGAUUUUUAUGCUCUGAAUAUUUUGCAAAAACUUGUUUUAAUCUGUGUGCAGUUUAAAAUCGCUGCUCUGUACCCUUUAAAUUUGUAUUUAAGAAUCAUUCCACUUCACAGAACACCUUAGUGUCACAUGUUUACUUCACAAAAACAUCUUAGUUAUUGACUUUAUAUUUAAUAAGCAAAAUAAUGUAAACAAUUAAACUCUUCAAACAGACAAAUAAAAAUGCAAUAAACUAUUAACUUCAUUACAGAGGCUGUAGUUUGUGCCUGCUGUAGCUCCAUGUAAGACAAAUGUACUUAUCCAUUAUUAAUGUAUCAUGCAAAUUUGCUCAUAAAAGAAUUUGCAAGUCAAACAUUGCAUGGAUAUGUGCAUAUUUUGAUGCAUUUCUAUUUUAUUUACCACAUUCACUAAAAAACAUGAAUUGAAUCAGUCAAAAAAUAAGAGAAAAAGCUUACAGUUAGUCAGAGUUUUGUCAUCAUGAUUUUGUAAAUGUAAGGUUUGAAUUAUGUGUGUCAAGAAGAAAAAAUAUAUAAUAACUGGAGCAAGAUCUGGAUAUUGCUUUAAUGUUAAAUUACUGAAAAAGCAACAUUAUUAUUAGUUCAAACAGACCAGUUCAAUUAAUGACCCCUAGAAGUAAACAUGUUGCGGCAACACUAUUAGACUUUUUUGACCCAACAAAUAUGUUAAUUUCAAUCAACAAAAUAAGCUAUACUCUGAGAAAAACCUAAAUUGUUCUCUGAAGUUUGAUACAUAUUUGUUUUUUAUUUCUAGUUUUACUCAGUCAUUUUUUAAGUGUAAAAUAAGAAACAAACUGCAAAACUCUUUAUAUUAAAGCAUAUCUUUGUUUCAGUCAAUCACUCGUGCUUUUUUUCUGAGUUCACAGGCAAACAAAAUCUGUCGGCGGUUUGUUUGUUCCUUAGGGAAGCGUCUCCACAUUGACAUAAGUGAGGAUGACGUCGUUCAGGAUGUUGAU